UCCCGCGGCCUUGGUAACGACGCGAGCCGAGUGGGAGACGCCGAUUCAGCUGCAGGCGAAGCGGCGACAAUUUAACAACAACAGCGACACUUAAACAACAACAAUAACAACGACACUUAAACAACAACAACAACCAGCAACCACUCGCGAAGUUGUAAAGCUUCACGCCGCCUCUGGAUGCUGUCGAAACUCGCCCACAUCAUCCUGUGCCUCAGUGUUGCAUUCAGUUCAAUUAGACACCGCCCGGCUGCCUAAGUCCAAAUUAUAUCGUUCAAGGCAAUUAUAUUAAUACAAGAAUACGUAAGGUGAAGACACGGAUAUUAUCUCGUCGCUUGAACCAGUGUGUCGAGCCAUGGAGCGCUACACGAUGGUGUCUCAGAUUGGCGAGGGUUCGUUUGGUAAGGCCAUGCUCGUAAAAUCCAAGGCUGAUGGACAUCUCUACGUCAUCAAAGAGAUCAACAUCUCCAGGAUGUCACCAAAGGAGCGAGAUGAAGCCAGGAAGGAAGUUUGUGUUUUGGCCAACAUGAGACAUCCCAAUAUCGUGUCCUACAAGGAGUCUUUUGAGGAACGGGGCAAUCUAUACAUCGUAAUGGAUUAUUGCGAAGGGGGGGAUCUCUUCAAGAGGAUCAAUGCUCAAAAGGGUGUCCUGUUUUCUGAGGAUCAGAUCCUGGACUGGCUAGUGCAGCUGUGUCUGGCUCUUAAACAUGUUCACGACCGCAAGAUUCUGCAUCGCGAUAUUAAGUCACAGAACAUUUUCCUGACCAAGGCUGGCGUUGUUCAACUCGGAGAUUUUGGGAUUGCCCGCGUCCUCAACAGUACAAUGGAGCUGGCUCAGACCUGCAUUGGCACCCCGUACUACCUAUCCCCCGAGAUAUGUGAGAACAAACCCUAUAACCACAAGAGUGAUAUGUGGGCACUGGGCUGUGUCCUCUAUGAGAUGUGCACCCUGAGACACGCAUUUGAGGCAGGGAACAUGAAAAACCUGGUGCUGAAGAUCAUCCGCGGCUCAUUCCCGCCCGUGUCGGCGCACUACUCAUCCGAGCUGCGCUCAACGCUGUCGGGGCUGCUCCGGCGUGACCCCCGCGCCCGACCACCCGUUGCUGUAUUGCUCUCGCGGCCCCUGCUUAUGGCGAGGGCACAAAGACUGAUGGAGCAGGAGGCAUCGAGUGCGGGCUACCCCAUUACGACUCGUGCUAGCCCAGUUGGUCCACCGGCUCCUGCUGGUGCUGCUGCUGCAGGCCCCUCUCACCCUCAAGGUGUGAAGCGAGCUGCCCCUGCCAUGGGCUGUGGGAAUCAAAAGGUGACUCGUCCUGCAGCCAAAUAUGGGAUUCCCCUCAGCAACCACUACCCUCGGCCAGCAAGCACACCCGAAAAUGUCAAACGGAGACAGCGGGAUCAGGAGAAAGAGAGCAACAGGAAGGAACAUCAGAAUCUAUUGAAGCAGGAGAAUGCACGCAGACUACAGAAACAGCAGGAGCUGUACAUGCAGCAUGCACGCCAGCAGGGCUGGAGGCGAGUGCUGGCACCCCCUCAAGCUACCCCUAUUGUGCCAGCGGCACAGGUAACAAAGGUGUGUGUUGAACCGAGUGCUCAUCAGCAAAAGGAACCAACACAAGUGGCUCAGAACAGAGAAGCCAAGAGCUCCUCUGACAGGGAGCGGCAGGUAAAAGAAUUCCAUCAGAGGAAAAGAGAAGCGGCUUUAAACAAGGCACGAGCACAAGGACGCCCCGUGUCAUGUGUCCCAAAGAGUAACUCUCCAGUCGUGUGCCACAGCAGAGAAGAAGAGGAGUAUUUAUUGCGUCUCAAAAAUAUCAGACUUCAAAACUUCAAUGAGAGGCUCGCACUACAGAAACAGCAGGUGGUUGCAAAUACCAUGGGGGUAGAUCCAGCAGCUGUUCUGAACGAAGGAGAGUUAAGACAACGCAAGAUCCAAGCACUGAAGGAGCAGGCAGAUGCCCGAGCCGCACAGCUCAAAGAGCUCCUGGAGAGGAAGAGGCGGGAGGCAUACGAGAGGGAGAAGCGCAUGUGGGAGGAGCACCUCGUUGCCAAGGGGGUGAAGGCUGCCCCACGCCCCGCGUCUGCUUCCUCUGUGCUGGGCCUCCCCCACGAUGCAGGAGGCCCCAUGCCUCCAGACGAGACCCCCACAGUCCCUUCUCAUCCCUCCACAUCCCUGACUGCAGCAUUCGGAGCAAUUGGAGUGGAGCAACCCCUUCCAGUUGAAGAGCCAACAACAGCCGAGUCCCACUUGUCUCCAACAAAGAAGGAGAAGCGUGAAAUAUUGCGGCGUCUGAACAUGAACAUGCAGGCGGACGUUUUGGAUGUGAAGGAGGGGGUAGUAGUCACAAAAGGGGCAAAGGUCGAAGAGGAAGUCAUGAAGAAGUCUGAGGGUGUGGUGGAUUCAGAGGUCGUCAAGGGAUCAGAGGUUGGGGAGGAUGCCAUGGCUCACCAUGUGGGUGACCCUGGCCCCCACAGCCAUGCUGGAGCCGAUUUGUCAGCUCACGACCUUCCGGCAAAGCACAGACAGCGCUGGGGAUUUGGGAGAGAUCAAGGAUUGGGUCUCUCCCAUCUCUCCCUGGAGGAGACGGCUGGCGCUGUCGGGGAUGCAGAGAUAGAGGAGAGGAAACAGUGGGAGAGGGCCCAGCCGAGCACCGUAUUGAGGGCACUCAGAGAUGCUCCCAUCUCUACCACACACACCCUACUCGGCAACACUGACAUCGAAGAUCUUGAGGCUGAGAGUUUGGAUGAGGGAGCCGUCAUCACUGCAGAUGCGAUCGCAGUCCCUGCUCGUGAUGCAUGGGGUGGAGAUCCACAGAAAAGGGAAGAGAAGCAGGACUCCAGCAUUCCCUCUGCAUCCUCGGCUAAUGAAAAAGUUCAACUGGAUGCUGAGAGCUCUGUACUCAGUACCCACCCAGCAGCGCAGCCGCCAGACCACGAGUCUGACCCUCAAAGACUCUUCACCAGAGUUACCCGUCCAGAAUUCCCAAAAGAGUCCAGUGUUUCAAGUGGAACUGAUGUAAAUUCACGUGGAUCCUGUGAACCUGGGUUACCAAUUCCCAAAGAGUCAACACAGCCAGGAUUGUGCCAAGAAAUGGAGAAGCAACAGGAUGCAGAUCCUAAAAUUCCACUCUUCAAGGCAGAUGAAAGAUUUUCAUUGGGAGCUCCAACAAGCUAUGGUGACUCCCAGGGGAUGCGUGGCAUGGACAAUGGAUUUUCACCAACGCCAGAUCACCCUAAGCCUGUGAAUUCCCGAAAAUCGGGUAUAUGGCUAUUGAGGCCACAAGGCAAACUGUUCCCUGCAAAGCAAGGGUGUUUUACCUCCGAAGAAGUGGUUCCAGCAAAUACUGUUGCAAAAUACCCAGUUGAAAGUCCCAAAGAGUCUAGAAUUCCUGAGGUGGGAGAGGAAGCAGAAGAAAAUGCCCCACUGAUACCUCAGCAUGAGGAGGGAGGCUUAGGAAAAACAGAAAUACUGGCUGCAGAAGAGUCUUUUUCAGAACAAGCAGCAGAUGGAACUUGUAUAGGCAUUGAUGGUGAGACAGAAACACAGUCGCAGAGAGAGACAGGAGGCAUAGAUAGAGAGAUAGCUGGAGAGAGCAGGGUAAAAGAAGAGACAAAGAACGAGACAUCCAAAGAAGGUAAGAAUGGAGGUGAAACAUUGAUGGAAAGAGAAUCACGGGUAGAGACACUCACACAAGGAGACACAAAGAGUGAGACGGUCAAAGGGAGUGGGACAGAUUUGGAAAAAUGGACAGAGAGAGGGACUAAGGGAGAAAUAGAGAAACAACCAGAGAAAGUGGAGCAAGCUGAGCCAAAGCAAGAGACGGUGAUUGAGACAGUGUCCAAGACGGCGAAGAAGGAGACACAAAUGGAGGAGGAGAUGGAGACUGCCCCAGGGAACAGGGGGUUGCCUGGGUCCCCACGCAGACACAGAGAGGGACACAUGGACCCCGUAGAGGCAUCCAGAGUUGACGGCUCAUCGCUGCUGUUGAGCCUCUCCCGUGGCCUCUUCGAUGUCUACAGCCCCAUGCAGAUGCUAAGGACAUGCUCCAUGCCUGACCUCCGCCAGGUCCAGCCAGAUCAUGGCGACCGGGGUUGUGUCGAGGCCGGGGACUACAAGGGUUCUGAUGGUUUUGUGCCCAGGGCAGCAAUUAAAGGGCAUCGCAGUAAUGUGGAAGAUCAGGGCAUGUCUAAAAGGGAGUCACUGGAAGAGGGAGACAUUGCCAAUGCAUCUGGAGAGGGCAGUGGUGAUAAUAAUGGUGGCACCGAUGGAGAUGACAGUGGUGAUGAGGAAAUUCUAGAGGAGUUAGAGAAGAACAGCAGGACUUGCGGAGAGAUUCCAGAGGAAGAAUCCAUCAUUUCAGAUGGAGAGGAUGACGAGCUGGCUGAGCUACAGGCGUCUAUGGCUCAGCUUCUAGAGGAGGAGAGCGAUGAUGCUGACCACACGGACGAACAAGAGGACAGGCUGAUUCAUGAGGACUGGCAGUCAGAUGAGAGUGAGGCAGAAGGAGGCGACAGCGUGUUUAGUCGUCUGGAGGCAAUGCGCGUGACACUCGAGACAGAGAUGGGUGUGGAGCGGUUUCUGGAAGCUUAUCGCACCAUACAGGCAUCUCACGAAGAUGAGGAUGAGUCUGUUGAGGACGUGAGUGUACGUGCACGUGAAAUGUUGGAGCCGGGCUUUGCUCAUUUCUACCAGAAGAUCUUGCACCUCGUCAUGGCUGAUGGAGCCUACCAGGAUAACGACGAGUGACUGAACGACAUCAAAACCGGAACCCAAACGGAAAACAAAUGGGGAGGAGCAAGCAGGUCAUGGGGCAUAUUGAAUACCCAAUCCAAACACACACUUGGCUGUCUGGGUUGUUUGACAUAAGUUGAAAGUUUCUAAAACAAGCAUAAAUAUACUCGUUUUCUGGAGCUCAAUAAACAUCAAUGUAGAAUACUUCACAAGACUGAUAAGUCACUCAGAAUUGCGAAUCUGAAGUUGCAUUGCUAUUCUGGACUCUUUUCAUGUUUGUUGAUCGAUUUUCUAAUUCCUUCACCUUGUCAUGUGUUGGCUUUCUCUUUUUUCUACUUAUAAAUAUUAAUUGUCACAAUGGUAAAUAAAGCAAUGUGGAUGCAA